AACAUAAUAAUUCACCUUAAUUUCCAUUUUCUGAAACCAUGGCUCUCUUGUUGGUGGCGAUGGUAUUAAGCUUAUUGGGCAGAGAAGUUCUUGGGGAUGUUGGAACUGCCGCAUCCUAUGAUCCUCCCUACAUACCUACCAAGUGCUAUGGUAAUAGUGAAGACCAAUUUCCACCAGGAAAUUUGUUUGUCGCUGUGAGUGAAGGACUGUGGGAUAAUGGUGCUGCUUGCGGGAGGCGUUACAGAGUGAGGUGUUUGAGUGGCAAUGGAAGGCCAUGCAAAAGUGGUAAUAUUGAUGUGAAGGUGGUGGAUUUCUGCCCUAAAUCGCCAUGUCCAGCCACCAUGGUCAUGUCCAAUACUGCUUUUAACGCCAUCUCGCGUCCUGGUGGCAGAAUUAACAUAGAAUAUGUGCAGGUAUGACUUGGUUCGACCUAAGUUCCAUCUGCAGCUGCUUAAUUAUACUUAAAGGCCGAUGUAUAAUGACUAAUGCAUGCUUAUAUAUAUCGUGCUUGAUGAACUUGUCUUUUCAUCCCUACGUGUUUCUUAUUUGUAAUUGCCUAUUUAAUCAAUAAUAUUGGAAUAUAAACAGAAUUGUGCAGUAUA